CUACUUCAUCAUUUACCGUAAUCAGUCGCGGUGUCAGGAUGAAUUCUCGCGAUAGUUGCUGUAGCUGAAAAUCCUAGGAGCAGAGCAGAAAACUUGACAUGUCAACAAAACAGAUAAAUUAUCACCACACAGGCAUGUAACGGUGUGCUGGUGUGGAACAGCCUGACAGGUAACCUCACCUGGUCCUAGACCUCCUCCACCAGCAUCUUCACCUGCUGUCUCCAUGACUACCCCUCCGCUAGUGUCGCCUUUUGGCGGGCAGCCUCCGCCACCGCAGCCGCAACAACAACAACAACAACAACAACAGCAGCAGCAACAACAGCAACAACAGCAGCAGCAGGCCCAGGCAGCACGUGAUGUCAACACGGCCUCUUUGUGUCGCAUCGGCCAAGAGACGGUCCAAGACAUUGUCUUCAGGACCAUGGAGAUCUUCCAGCUCCUCAGGAACAUGCAGCUACCUAAUGGAGUUACCUACCACCCCAACACCCACCAAGACAGGCUGGUGAAACUCCAGGAGCACCUAAGGAUGCUUUCUGUGCUCUUCCGCAAACUGCGUCUCGUCUAUGACAAAUGCAAUGAAAACUGCGCCGGGAUGGAAUCCAUCCCUCCAGAGCAACUGAUACCCUUUGUGGAGGAUGACAACUCCAAACACGAGGAUCGCGCAGCUGGCCAGAGCCGCCCUGCCACCGAGGAGCGGAGAGAAAUCCUGGAGGUCAACAAGAAGCUGAAACAGAAGAACCAGCAGUUGAAGCAGAUCAUGGACCAACUCCGCAACCUCAUCUGGGAGAUCAACGCCAUGCUGGCUGUCAGGAGCUGAGCCACACACACACACACACACACACACGCACGCACGCACACACACACACACACACACACACACACACACACACACACACAGAUUUGGACGUUGACUGGACGCAUGACAGGGUACCACAGGCUGAGGCUGCACUUUACAGAAGAAAUGGGGACUUUGGCAAUAUCAACCCGAUUCCUGAAGAAAACGUGAAACAAUAGAAGGAAAAACGAGAGGAGACACAUGAAGAGUGGGAGGGACGGCGCCGGCGACAUCAGUGUGGACGAUGGCAGUAAACGUUCCGUCUACCUCGAUAUGCUGCAUUUCAAUCAACAAAAAUGAUUUAAUUAAUCUGAAGAGUUGACAUAUUAUGUUUUAUCUAUUUGUAGGUGCUAGCUCAAGAGAAGGUUUAUGCCUGUAGAGACACAUUGAUAUAUUCUAUUUAAUCCUAAAGUUCUGACUAUUUCAUAGUGCAAGAGUGUGAAGCCCCAAAUUUAAACAAAGCUUUUAUAUGGCAUCUAAUCACUUUAAUAAGGACAAGCACUGUGGCAAAAUUAUGAGUCUAAUUGUGACUUUAUUGAUCUGCUUUUUUUAAUUUGAUGUGUAUGUAAUAUGUAAACUCCUCUAUGCUCUGCUCUGAUUGGACUUGACACGUCAAUGCGUUGCCUUGUUAAGGAUUCUGUUGAACUAUAAAUCUUGCUGUGAUUUUUAAAAAAGUCAACUCUG